UCACUUAGUGAAAUGUCCUCCAGGUUCACCCAUGUUGUUGCAAAUGACAGUGUGGUUUUUUUAAGGCUGAAUGAUAGAUAUUCCACUGCAUGUACACUGCAAUUUAUGCACUCAUCUGCCAAUUGACACUUAGCUGUUUUUUUUCUAAUAUAUGCAUUCAGUGCUAUAAAUUUUCCUCCAUUCACUGCUUGUGCUGCAUCCAUUUUUUAAAAGAAACAGUGAAACAUUUAUAUAAAUGGAUAUUUGUCUGAGUAUAUUUGUCAUUGAAUGAGAAGCAGUUAUGGAAAAAUGUUGACAAUGUGUCAUAUGGGAAGUGUUGUAAUUGAUCAGAUUGUGUUCACCAAGUUUUAAUAACAAUCCCCAAACUGACUCAGUUACUUCUGUGACUAAUAAGUAGAUAGACACAUGUUAGUAUCAUUCAGGAUUUAUAUCUAGUCUCUUUGCAUUCGUAGAUGUUGAAGUUGUGUUAUAAUGAAUGAAUGAAUGAAGUCCUAUCACAAUUAUUUAAAAUAAGACAAAGCACAGAUCAGUGAGUACCAUGAUUAAGGAAACAAUGAUAAUGAUUAAUUUGGGUUUUCACUGCUGAUGUUUAUAUAAAGAAAAAUUCCUGGCGUGCUCCCAUUUUUGGUAAGAGACAUGUGGCUCAUUGCAUGGAACAGUAUUUCUGUCCUGGAUUACUGCCUGUGUAGCCAUUUGACUUCUUAAAUGUAAUGAGCACAUGGCUAAAUCUCCCGUAAGUAGUUAAAUAAGUGAAUAAGUGAAUGAAUAAAUGAAUGUAUAAAAUAAAAUCAAGCAUGAGGCAUUGAGAAUGUAAAAUAAGGAUUUAAAUGUGACCAAUUUUGCAAAAGUAGCAUCCAUUGCUAUUAUCCUUUAUUCUGUUAAAACUUAAACUGUAAAGAUUUUUUGGUAGAUAUUGUUCUUAUUCUAAUGUAGAUUCAGCAGUGGCAAUUACAUUAUUUAAAAACAAAGGGGAAACACUGGAUUAAUGAAAAAGUACCAAAGUUUAUUACUAUCCAGUUCCCCUUUAUUCACAUAAACUAAAAUGUAGGUUAAUUCUACUUUGUCAUCCACAGAACUGCUACAGGACAGCAGCUUUUUCGUUUUCUGAGAAAUAAAAUGUUGGCAGUUAGCUCUGUGGAUUAAAGCCCUAGCUAAUUUUUUCCUUUAUGGAAUGAACGUUCUCUCCUGGUGAGCACCCUGGCUGUCACUUCUGGGACUAAGGAGCGUAAAGACUGGAAAUGAUCGCUCCCUGCUGACUUAAGCAUCGUUCAUGGUCAGGAGCUCUCUGGUUGCCCGUGUGUGUUCGGGGCAUGGAGACCCAUGCGUUAGGUGGACACCCCCUCGCUGAGUUCAGCGUUACGCCCUGGCCAGCGAUGUCUCUGUAGGCGCCUGGAAGCCAACAGCGGGCUUCCUCCGCGUCCACGGGCUCUGCGGUUGCCGCCUUGCGUAUCGAGGAGAGGCCAAUGUGAGUAAUCGAUUGAAAAAAGUUUAUGUUUUGAGAAUUUUUUCUCGAAUAUUCAUUGUAUCAUUAAGAAUGUGAAAUAUAAUCCAGGACGCCCGCCGGCUAUCGUCAAUGAUAAAUAUGAGAUUGGCCUGAAGCAUUAUCUUUAUUAAUCCAUCUGUGAAACCCUGGUGAUAACUAAUAGAAGAGAUCGAUCGUCAGUCUGGCAAAUAAUCCUAUAUGGAGAUGCAGGAUGUUUGUUCCUCUUAGUCUUGUUUAUUUUUAUGAAUCAUACCGUUUUAAAAUUUAAUACUAGUGAAUCAAUACAUUAAUUAACGAACGUGUGCAGAUAAGAAUGAUAUGAAAGAUGAACAUUUAUUGAAAAUAAUGAAGUUCAUUAAGUUGUCCUCUUGGAUUGCGUCAUUUGUUUAAACGUAAUCAUUGAAUUAUUAAAACGUAUUAAAGUGUAAUUAAAAUGUAACCAUGGCCCAAUGAUCAAUGUGAUAUGAAACAUUAUGUUAUUAAUCUAUAAUGGGCAACAUUGAAGUUGAUUAAUGGGAAAGAAUCAGUCCAUGUGGGAAAUAAUUCUAUAGACAAAUGUGAGUUACUCAGUGGUUUUUGUCCUUGGAUUUUAUGAAUAAUGUGUUCAUUUAAUUAUUCUUAAUGAAUUAAUGAUUUAGUGUAUACAAAUGUAGAGAAGAAUGAAGGAAAGGAGACCCAAACCUGAACCAUUGGCAACAGCUGAUGGCGUAGGAGUCACCGAUGCAGGAGAAUAUGUGUCUGGAACUAUAAGGUCCAACAAAACAUAAUUAGUCAGAUCCCUCUUUUUAGAAGUAGUCUUGUGGACAGAUAUUAGAAAUAUACAAAGAUCACUUUCUUACCGUGGACUCAUCAAUUUAUAUGUAUUAUUAUUGGAUCAGUGAUAGAACUUUUAAAGAAAUAUAGUAGAGUAACCCCUUAAAUUUAAUAAAAAAGAGAGAAAUAAAUGGAUCCAAGAGCCAAAUGGAUCCAGUUUGGCCAAGAAUCAUAUAGACUCUGAUAAGUAAGAAUCCAUUUUAUUUUCCAGGUCAGCUUCAAAUUUGAGGUGGUUCCUUUUGUUAAGAGACAAAACGAUCUACCUUAUGAAAAUUACUGGAAACGUAAAUGACUUAACAAGUGAAACGUGGAAAGGACGAUCCGUCCCGAUCGGGCUCCCUUGUCUUUCUCAGUCCCCAGCUCUGCCUUUUCCUCCUCAGGAUGACACGCUCUUGUCAUCGGGGAGUCUUUUCUGGUCACCAUCCCUGUGUCUCAGGUGCAUGAAGACCUACGUGAGUCAUAAAGUUCUCAUCUUUAUCGGACAGGCUUUAAUUAAAGGAUAUUUACUGUCCCGUUAGAAGAGUGACCGUAAUUCAAAAGCCCAGCCAUGGCCAAUGAUAAAUAGGGGGUUACUGUCAUGCAGUGUAUUUAUUAAUCUGUUUAUGAUAGAUUAGGGGUAAUAUUUCAAUGUGAUAAACGAUUCUAUAGAUAGAUGGAGAAUAUGCAAGAUUCCUAUUCUUUAUUUUUGUGUGGACCAUGGGUUUUUUAAAAUUAGCAGAAGUGACUUAAGGAAUUACCUAAUGAGACAGUGUGCGGGGGGAGGCACAGCCCACAUGACUACAUGCCAGACGGUCGCCUACCCGGGAGGAGCGGUCCCGUCUCAGUCCCCUUACCGCUCCUUUCCUUUGCCCCUCUCAGAACGAAAUCGCCCGAGGGGGUUCCAGCGCCUCUGGGGAGCGCGAGUGUGAGUCACAGGCCGCGGCCUUGUCUCGGUUGGGGCGCUUUGUUUAGGGUGUCACUGUAGCACCCUAGAAGGUAUGAAGUAGAGGAAAACGGACCGUCCAUGGUCUGUCUUUGCAGCCAUGGGGCUGAUGACUGAGAAGAGGGGUAAUCAGUGAGGCCUUGGUCCUAAGGAAGUGUGACAGCGAUCCUUGCAUUUCUGUGACUCCCAGAUGUGUGUUCAGUUAUUAGUAGCAGACCGAGGACUAACGUAGGUGAGAAAUAGGAGGGAGAGGCCCCCAGGGACCGCCGAUGGCAGCGGCGGAGGCCGGUCGCCCUGGUGGGUACGAUGCGUCCCCAUCGCCGGCGCCCAGGGAGGCGCUGGAGCCCGCGGUCUCGUCCGAAGUGACCCUAUGGGCAGAUAUGGGGGAGGAAAAAGGACCGUUUUCUCGGUUCGUUUUCGUGAAUUUCGAAUCCAUUCUAAUAAAUGGCUCCAAAAAGAAUUAAUACAAGUAUAAAUAAAUGACGAUAAAGGGGAACACAAUGAGAGUUAGUAACACUUGCUGAGGACUGCGCGUUUCGUUAAGGAGCGGGAAUGGCUCAGGUGUCCCCCCUCUUUGGCCAGGACGAUGCCCUCGGUGAGCAGAGGCCCAGGUUCCUGCGCUUGGGCUGGGUCCAGGUCCACGUGGUGCGGGUCGGGGAGGAGCGCGCGCUGUGCGCCCGAGUGACUGGGGACCGAGGACCCGUAGACCGUCCCUCAGCCGCGUUGUCACCUCUGCUUUGUGUUCCUCAGCUCAGACACACGACUGACCAGGCCUUGGUGGGCAUCAGGAGCUCGGCUGGCCGUCCCUCGGGACAGGUUCACUGACCUUGAAAGAAGACCGAGAGACGGAGACCCCACCAGCGCCGUUGCGCUUACCUACCGCUCCCGGGUCCACGCGAGACAUUUGCUUGCUUCUCAAAAGUUCACGCGACGGUAACCACACAAACGUCUGAGUCAAUGAAGGAAAAGCAGGGCCAAAUGUGGAAGGGCGAGGGCCAAUGCCCUGAGACAGACGUUGUCACCAGUCCAUUUCCAGUGAACUGAAAUCCUUUCAAAAUAAGACAGGCUCUUAAACCUUAGCUUGAGGGACCCAGGGAGAGACGUACGUAAUUGUCCAUUUCAUGUUCAGUGCUGUGUCUUUAUAGGAGGUUGUUAAAAAGUUAAAUGGUAAUAUAAUUGUAUAAUUUUAUCAACUAACUACAUUCAAGAGGACCGAGCAGACAGCAGUGACAAGCACGUGUCAUAUGACAGUUAUUAUUGACCCCGUUGGCCGCAGUGUGGUCUGUGGCUAGUCCUUCCACUUUGUCAAUCAAAUCACCACCUUGUGCACCUUACAGAUUUAUAACUAUAUUUGUCGGUUUCCCUCGAGAGAGUUGGAAGAACGUAGACAGUCCCCCGACUCCCGUGCGGGUGAGCAACUGACGGCUCCUGCCGGUCACUGUUGCUGUCUUGCGUUUGUGCACAGGCUGAUUUUAUUGUCAUUAAUUAAUAAAUGGUUAGUAUUUUAAUAAGAUCAAGGCAGCAGAGCACCCGACCAGCGACGGGUAUGUGCUGAAACAUCACUCGUCGGUUCUGUUCCUCUUAUGUCCGUCUUAAGAAAAAAAUUUGCUCUUACCAGUUCGAGUAAGAGGAAUUAGAACCACCUAAUACGCUUUCUCUGCUGGGGUUCCGGGAAGUUCAACAGUUUUUAUUUUGUUUAAGAGAAAUUAAUAGUUUGCCCAGUUUUUCACCAAUUAAAUAAUGAAUGAAAGGAAGUUAACUAAGCUAUUAAUAAGUGGCUGUGCUCCUCCCUAACAUACGGACCUUCGAUGCGGAUGCGCCGUGUGGGGGGCUUGCGAGGGUGUCCGCUUCAGUGCAGUUCCUUUAAAGUUUCAGGAUUUUGCCUUCGCCCUGUGUCACCGCCUCGAUCCGUUCCUCAGAGGGACAGAUCUAAGCUCCGUGAGUGAGUCAGUCCCAGGAUGCCGCCAGGCUUUGGGAGCGGGGUGGGUGGCGGUGGCACGCUCGUCCCCUCGCGGCCUGAAGAGCAGCCGAGCCCAGUGCGCCCGGGCGCGCUCCCGGCCUGUCUGCCGCCGGGUUUGUCUCUAUGUCGCUCAAGUUCAUUUCCAAACAGCGCGCGGCCUAUUGCGCGUCUGGGGAUAAGCCCUGAGCUAGAGUUUAGUGAUUUUCAAGACUCAGGAUGGGGUUUCAGUGGACUGCGGGGUUUAUGGCGUGACUUAGGGGACGAACGGGAGAAUCAGGAGGCUGGAGAGGUGGCCGAUCGAUGGGCGGGGACACAGAGCGGAAAGCGGGCUUCAUUCAGAAUGGACGCCGCGAGACAGGUUCCCUCGCCGCGGCUCUGAAACCCCGCAGGCCGUUGGGAAGCAGCCGUGCCAGGGGGUUGCCUCUUUGGCUUGAGAAAUCCCGGGCAGUGGUCCUCAGGCUGGGGCAUGAGCAUCCCCUGGGCGCCGGAUAAAGUCCAGACUGUGGGCCCCCGCAUGUCUGAGUCGGUAGGACUGCGUGGGGCCCAUGAAUGUGAGUUUCUAAUAUGUUCCCAGGUUCCGCGGGUGCUGCCUGGUGGGAAACAGCGUUUGGAUAUAGUCCGAUGUCGGUAAUGAGAGCUCAUGCCCUUCCUCUGGUUCGCAGGUGAGUUCUGGCUUGCUUGUUUUAAUAAGAAAUAAUAAAGUGGCAUAUGUUAAUUCAUAAAUAUCUAAAAGUCUAAGUAAAUGAAAGCAGAAAAGCUAGUUCAGGGGAGGAAAUGCCUCAUUCCUUCAACAUUGUCUUUAUACCCCAAGAAUGGGCGCACCACUCAUGACUGAAGCACCCGAAUCCCCCGGCCGCCUCCAGCUUAGGAAUCGGUUUCCAGUGAGCCAGCGGCUGCAUGGCCCAUGCAGUGAAACCAGGACAGGUUUUUCCCUCGAAUUCCUUAAUUGAUGGACAUGGACCCUAUUUUCUUGAGGAGGAAGGAGCACCUAGGAGAUGAAAGUGCUGAGCGAGUGCACCGACCUGCCCUCCUACGUCUGCUGUGGCCAAGAACUGUGCGGGGCGCAGGGACCAACGUGAGUAGUUGCCACGCUCUUGUCUGGGUGCGUGUGGCGUGUGACUAGUUUAAGAACAUUAACUAUUCUUCAGAAAAGCGCAGUGAAUGAAGUUCACCGUGGCCCCCCCAUGGGGUUCAUGGGGAACGUGUUCCUUAAGGGAUUCGUGCAGCACUGACCUGGAGUAAUUAGAGGCAGAGUUGCGGGGAAAUUAUUCUGUAGACAGUUGUUAUGGAGGCUUAGGAGCCUUGUUCUUGGGUUAUUGUGAUCAUGUCAAUUAAUUUUGUUAUUAUUUGUCAGUUGAAAAGUUAAUAGAUCAAGAAAUGUAGACAUGAAUGAGGGAAGAGAGGGAAAGUCCUGGGGCAAUGAUGGACAGCUGGUGGGGCGUGAGUCAUGGACAGUGGCUAAGACAAGGAUCUUUUUCUUUGACUUGUGACCAUGGAUUUUUAAAAAUAUUAUUAUAAAAAUAUCAAUAGCAGAAUAAAGAAAUAAACCAGUGGGUCAAGAUUUAGAGUGUGAAGGAAUGUUUAUUAUUAAACUAUAUAAUAAAUAAAAUAUAUAUUAAUAUAAGUUGGAAUGUAUAUUGAAUGAACCCAGUAUAUCAUAUCUUUACUAAGUAUGAUAUAGACUCUAUCUAGAUCGUGAUAAGCAAUAGUUACAAUUUUGACAUUUGGUUGAUAAAGAGAAUUAUAAGUAUAUAUUAUAUUAUUAAUUUAAAUAAGUACCCAAAUGACUGUGCAUGUGAAUGGUGGAAACAGUGGAUCAAUGGAGACAAUGUCUCAAUCUUUUUAUCACCUUCUCUGCUUCGUACUUUUCAGAACAGAUGCUGUGAUCAAGGUUGUCAUUACCUCUGUGUCAAGAAAGAGACUAACAAUGGACGCACUCGAGCCGAUGGCUGCGCCUUCCCGGGUCGCCAUGCCUGCCCGGUGGCCUCUGUGUGUCAGGAGCGUGGGCACCAAGAAUGGACGCAUCUGAGCUGAUUUCAGCACCUUCCGUGGCCCCGCGCUCCCGGUUGUACCCGUGUGUCAGGAACAUGGGAAAGAAGAAUGAAUGCAUCCGGCUGAUCCCUGCAUCUGCUGGGACGGAGGUCAUGUUACCUGUCGGGCAGCAGAGACUGAGCUCAGUAAUAGGCAAGGAUCUUACUGGGGUUUGGGUGAUUUUCUUUUAUAAAAGAAAAAGCAUUCACGGUAUUAUUAUAAAGUAAUGUAUAUAAUUAAAAAGUUAAUGUGGAUCAGUGAGGAAUAUAAUAUGAAAUAUUAUGUUGAUUAAUUGUCAAUGUGCAACACUGACGUCAAUUAGUGAAACAUAUAAUCUGUGUGGCUCCGAAGUGAGUCAGGGGUCUUUUUCUUGUGAUUUUAUGGGUCAUGCAUUUAUUUUAUUGUCAAUGAAUUCGUGAUUUAAUCAUUACACUACAGGAAUAAGUAAAGAAAAGGAGACCCAAAAAUGGGCCACUAGUGAUGACUUGUCACCUAUGAGUUACUACGUUGAGUACUAGUGCCUGUGUCUUGAAUACAGAAGAAACAGAAUUUUGGUUUCUCUUCUGUUGUAAACGACCCCCUAGGUUGAUGCUGGGAGUAUACAAAGAUUAUGUUCUUAUUUUGAGUACUCGUAUUUAGAUUUAUUGUUAUUAACAAAUCAGUAAUCAAAGCAUUAAGAAUGUAAUUAACAGCUAAAGAGAAGAGAGUGAAACAUUGUCCAUCUAGGAACGUAUGUCCUGAGGCAAGAAAUAUGUUGAGUUACAUUAAAAAUUAUUGUGUAAUAAAUGGAUGAAGCAUUGGCCUUUUUGUCAAAGAACCAUGUAGAAAUUGAUGAGUAAGACUCAGUACUAUUGCUCUGGGUCAGUCUCAAGUUUAAGAUUUUCUUUAGUUAAGAGAAAAUAUAUUACAUUAUGAAGCAUUAAUGUCUAAAAGAAUAAAUAAAAUGCAGAAAAGAAGCAUCAGUAAAGAUAAAGUUUGCAAUUUUUUAUCUUCUGCUCCGCUUUGUACUCCAUAGAGUGGAUGCACCCUAAGGAUUCUCCCAUAGUCGCAAGCUCUCCGGUUGCAUUCAUGUUAGAAGCAUGUAGGCCAUAAUGAACACAUGAAGCAUUUCCUGGUGGUGGGAGCUCUGACUGCUUACUUGUGAGAGGCGCACACACCAAUAAGGACGGCAUUUGAGCUGAUGGAACCACCUUCCCUGUCCAUAAGCCCUUUGGUGGCAUCUAUGUGAUAAAAGCAAGGCGGCCAACAAGGUGCGCUCAGGCCGAGCUCAGCUGCCACCUUGCCGGGAUUGCCCUGCCGCCCCUGUGCCUGGAGAGACCAGGGCGGCCACACUCCAGGCGCCUCAUAGCCUUUCUGGGUCGCAGCCCUGCGGCGCCGUCGGGGGUCGGAGCUCAAGGACUAAUGUGCUCCAGCUGUUUGCAGCUCUGUCCUGGCCACGUUUGCUCUGUUGCCUCCACGUUAGGAGAGAGACCAAGGUGAGCUGGUGGUGGUUGAUCUGCGCCGCCGAGCUGUACGACCACGUGCCUGUGUGAGGAGCACACGGAGCGAUGUGAGUAAUGGCCAUGGUUCCUGUCUUGAUUGUAGUGAUUAUUUUUUCCAGAAUAUUCCAUGCAGCAUUCAGAAGUUUUAUAUAGGAUUAUAAAGGCCAAUUGUAGCUCAGUGAGAAAUAUUGGAUUUUAUGAAACAUAGUGAUCAAUGUAUAAAUGCAAAACAGCGUACUUUUUAAAAGAUAUGUUAGAUCCUAUUUACAGGUUAGGGAUACCAUGACUCUUUUUGUUUUUUUGGGGGGGCGGGAAGAAUUUGGGUUUUAAAAUUAUUAUGAAUGAGUUAUGAAUUAGUCAAUAAACAAUGUAGACCUGAAUGAAAAAAGCUGGGGCAGUAUUGGUUGUGUGGUGACCGCGGGCGGCCAGUGAGACCUGCGCGAUGCCUGUAUGUUGAACUGUGGGCCCCACACGAGAGAAAUGUAGUCCAUUCCCAUCGUCUGAGGGCUCCCAUACACAGGUGUCCGGAGUAUAUGAGCAUCUUGUUUUUGAUUAAGUGGCUCAGUGGUUCAAGGUCGUUAUUCUUUGAGCAAGGAUGAUUCAGAUGUUCAUACAUAGUAGUAAAUGUCCAUGUUUUGCGGGGGUCAGAUCAAUAUUGUUCAUUUAUUCAUGAGAAAUUACAAUACACGUUGUCCUAAUACGUUGGAGACAUAAGUGGCUGCCUCAGUGAAAGGGAAACGCGAUGACCGAUGUCACGAUGUCUCAGCCUUUUCUCUGUUAUGUGCUCCGCCCCGUGCUUUCCAAGUGGUCACAGCGGGGCGAUUUCUGCACAUUCUGUGGUCAGGAGCCCCACGGCUGCCCCUGUGUACCAGGACCAUGGGCCCCAACGUGAGUAAGAGUCAAACUUCUUUUCUUGGCUUUGUGUUUUUGUUUAAAAAGAUUUUCACUGAAUUAUUAAAGAUGUGAUAUAAAAUAAACAAAUUAUAACCGUGGCCUAUGAAGCAGUAUGUUAAUUAAUCUUUUUAGAAAACUUUGAAGUUAAUGAAGGGAAGAUUUAUAGGCAGUAGGAAGUAAUUCUAUAGACAAAUGUUAGUGAUAUUUUAGGAUUUUCUUUCACUUUUUGUGACCUUUAUGCAUUUAUUUGGUUAUUCUUAGUUUUUUGAUAAGUUAAUAAAUCAUGUAAACAUUAAUGACUACAAGGAGGACCUAACCUGCACCAGUGAGGGUGACUGGUCAAGUACAAGUCUUGGGUGAGGAAUACUGUCGGACUGAAACUGAGGCCCAACGCGGCCAUAAAUCUAUUAAUCGCUUCCACCAAGAGAUGUCUACAAUAGACUAUGGUCACAUUCUUGCGUGAAUUUCAUAGAAGUAGAUUUGUUAUCACAUAAUGAUGGGACCAUUCAACAAAUAUAUAUAAUAAUUUAAAAUAAGAGGGUGAAGCGUUACUUGAUCUUCAGAGUGUGGGGCGAUGCCUCGUAAGAGAUAAAUGGGUACAAGCCUCACCUCUUUAACUGAGUCCAUAAAUCCUCUGAUAAGGAGAGCCCAUUUUAUUCUUGGUUUUGAAGAUUGAUGUUUUCCUUUUGUAAGAUAGAUAUAUAUUUACAGAAAUAUCAAUACUAAAUUUAUGAACUAUGGAAAGCAAGCCUCAGUGAUGAUUGCCUCUCUCUCUUUUAUCACUUUCCACUCUGUCCUGAGAACGGCCACCCUCGAGCUGAUUCAAGCCCCUUCCAUGGCCCUGAGCUGGACAGUUGCCUCUGUAGAAGGUGACGAAGGUUCAUGUGAGUAACAGGAAAAAUUCUUCUUUUGGUUUCCAUGUUUUUAAAAAAAAUAAUUAUUAGAUAGUCCUGAAAGAGGAUUAAUUAAGGCAACUGCAUCUUCGUGAUUAGCAUUGGAUUUAUGAAACAUUACAUUGAUUAGUCCAGUGAAAAACUGAGGAUAAUUAACGAAAGUGAUACAUUGAUGUUAGAAUAAUCAAUGGAUCGAAUAGGGAUUUAAAGGUUCCUCUAGGGUUUUUAUGUAUCAGUGUUUAGAAAUUAUUAGUAGUAAAUUAAUGAUUUAAUCAAUGAACCUAUAGAAUUGACCGAAGAAAAAGCGAUACGAGAUCGAUGAGGAGCGCGGGUGGCAUCUGACCCGAUGCGAUGACUGUGUCGAUCUCUGAGGUCCGGCAGAAGGACGUUUGGGCCCUUCCUGUUGAUUUAAGGGAAUAUAGACAGAUGUCAGGAGUGUACGAGGAUCUUGGUUUUGACCCGAGUCUUCAUACAUUUUCAUUCUAUUAUUCUAGUUGGAUAAUCGCGAGAAUCUAUAAAUUUACAAAUAAGUAAAGGUCAGUGUAGCCAAGCCUCGCCCAAUUAUAAAAAUAUGUGAUUGGGCAAGAAAUGUUAUUGACACGUUAUGAAAACCCUCAAGUUCAAUUUGAAAUAGGGGCGAGUCGUGCCCCGCGGGAACAGCGGGCCUGCCCCCGAGCGCGGCGCAGCGAGGCCCGCGGCGCGGGGGCUCCGCUCCUUCCCGCGCUCUGCUUCGGGCGUCCCAGGACCAACGCACUGGCCUCGCUGCGGGACUGACCCCCCUCGGCCCGAGCCGGGAGCUGGCCCGCGUGAGGAACCAUGAACGUUCGCAUCCCGGUUCUGCUGGUGUUUGUAAGGGAGCCACUGUAUUAAUAAAAAGUUUUUAAUACAAUCAAAGCGGGGGAGCCGCAUCCUAGUAACAAUUACGGGAUUGAUCGGAAGCACUCUAUCGAUUCAAACGCAGAGAAAACUGCGGAUCAUGACAGAUAGCGGCGUAGGAAUGGUGCUUGGUGCAUGUUCGGGAUGUUAAGGUCUCGCUGAGCUUUUGGGACUCAUAGAGUUUUACAUUUUAAAUUCGAGAAUUAAUGAAUUAAUCCAUAAGCCAUGUAGAAAUGAAGACAAAGUGUCCUCCGGCCAGAGUCUGAGUCUCAGAUGCUAAAUAAUGUGUGAACUCUGGGGUCUUCCUCUGUGUGCAUUUUUGUUUGUUAUUAUAAUUGAAUCUGAUUUAUUAAUUAAGAAAUAUAUAGAAAUAAAUGGUAGUUGUGGUGUCCGAUUGAAAACACAUGCGGGGAGGCAAUAAAUUCUAUUCAUAUAACUUGAAAAUAAUGCCGUCCUAGGAGAAAUCAAUGGUGCCUGACUGUGCCCCUUGUUUGGCUACAGGUGACAUAGGCGGGGCAGAUGGUAGUGUUUAUAUUCUGGGGCAGUGGAAAGCUCACAGUGGUUUGUUUCCAUAAAAGACAUUGAGAUGAAUAUUCUCCAGUAAAACUGCCUCGAGGUAAGCGAGGGGUGACGGGGGAAGUCUCUGCUUUGUCGGCUGCUUUGCUCUCUGCCCCACAGGAUGGACACCAUCCCCCUACCGGCGGCACGGAGACCGACGUGAGUCAUAGUCAAAGGUCCUGUCUGGGUUUCAGUGAUUGUUUUUCAGUGUUUUGAGUAUAUGUCUAAAAAGUGCCAUAUAGAAUCAAUGAAGUCCACCGGUAGUCCAUUGGUCAAUAUUGAAUUAAUAUGAAAUAGUAUAUUGAUGAAUGUGCAAAUGAAAUUUGGGGUUAUUAAUGAAGGAGAUAUAUUAUGUGAAGAUUAUUCUAGAUACAUAAUAAGGACCUUGGGUUUCUGAAUCAUUAAGUUUCAAAAUUAUUAAUAAAAUUGAAAAGACAUUUAUUAAGUAACAAAUGUAGUGGGGUAUUUCCUCUUUGGUUAAGAAUCCGAGACAUUAAUUAGUAUGACUUUAUUGUAUUGUUCUGGGUCAGUCUCAUGUUAGAAUGGAUAGAGAUACUUUAAUAUAACAGAAGAAAGGUCCACCUCCUGAGUCUAUGAAAUGAGGUCAGCAAGGCUCAGCGUCCCCUGGCCUCUCAGUGUCAUCGCGUGCCCCGCCCUGUCCUUCUACCCUGGCGCAGCCGGGCUGCUCCUGCCUCGUCCCUGGUCACCAGCUCUCUGGUCGCCUCUAGGUAACAAGAGGAGGAGAUUAAUGUGAGUAAUAGCCGAAGUUUUAUUUUUCUUGGUUAAUUGUGGGCUUUUUUUAAAGGCAGUUCACUACAGUAUUAAAAAUAUAAAAUAUAAUUAAAGAAGGAAUGCAUGUCGGUGAUCAGUUCUGGCUCUGUGAACCCUGAUUUUGACCAAUGCACGUAUGGAAAGGGGGGUAAUUCACCCAGGAGCUCCACCAGGGUGAGCGUUCACAUGUGUGCAGGUUAGGGGCAUAAAAACUCGCCUUGGCUUUCAAUGAGUCAUUGUGUUUAGAUGUUAUUAGUGGAUUAAUGAUCUAUAAACAAUUAAAAAGGGGGAAAACGGGAUCGGUGAUGACUGCUGGUGGCCCUUCGUCACAUAGCUGGCUACAUACGUGUCUGGAACCCUGAGGUCCAUCACAAAAGGAAUCUCGUCCACUCCAGUUGUUUGGAGGGACCCUAUAGACACAUGUCAGGAAUAUAUGCAGAUGUUCUUUUUGACCUCUAUGUUCCUACAUUUCCAUUUUAUUUAUUAUAAUUGGAUCAUUGAGAGACUCUAUAAGGAAAUAUAUGAGUAAGGAUGAAUGUCCUGAAGUCUUGUCCAAUUUUAAGAAUAUGUGAUUAUAGGAGACAUCCUGCUGAUAUGGGAUGAAAACCCUGAAGUGUAACGAGAAGGAAAUGGCAUGUGACUGUAGCCUGUAUGGCGAAGGGUGACAUGGACAGUGUGAGUCACAGACAGUAUUCAGAUCCCGGGUCAGUGGCUAGAUCAACGCUGUUCGUUGUCUUAGGAGGAAGAGGUAUUGAUACCCACGUAGCGACUUGCCCCCUGCCUGGCGAAAUCAGAGGUGAGAAGCCACAGUCCGUGGGGAGAAGGUCUCACUUCUUUGUCAUCUGCUCUGCCUGUUACCCCUCAGGGUGGACAGAUUCGGCCCGUUCUCCGGGUUCUCCCUUGACCGUGCGCCCUACGAUUGCACCUUGUUUCAGGAGCCUGGAGACCAGCAACGGACGCUCCUGAGCGGAUUCAAGCCCCUUCAGUGUCCCGAGCGCUCCCGUUGCGUCUGUGUUGUAGGAGCAUGAGACCCAUCCUCGCGGCGCGGCUGAUGCGAUUACGGCGGCGGCUCUGUGGCUGCGGCGAUGCGUUAAGAGCACGGAGAGCAAUGUGAGUCACAAAGUCCUUGUCUUGGUUUUGAAGUUUUUUAAAAGGUUUUUGCUGCAUUUUUAAAGAGUCUGAAAUAUGAUCCGUGAUUGCCAAACAUGCUAAAAAGAAUAUCGGUGCUAAUACGAAGUAUUACGUUAAUUAACCCUUGUAGGAAAUCUUGAGGUCGUUAAUGAAAGAUACGUGUUGUUUGUGGACAGUCAUUUUAUAGUCACCUGUUAGAGGUGCUUAGGAAUCUUGCUUCAGGGUUUUGUGACCCUCUGGGCAUUUAUUUUAUUAUCCUUAGUGAGUUGAUGCAUUAAUCAAUUAAAGCAGGUAGACGUGGCUGAAGAUCGUGAGGCUCCGGCCUGGGAGAUGACGGUGGCGGGUGGGGCGCGUGGGUCUUGCAUCAUGAAUUCUCCCUGGAGUUCCAACGUCCAACUCCAAAGAAACCCAGUCCUUUCUCCCGUUUGAAAUGAUCCUAUAACGAGAGGUUAGGUGUAUAAAAAAUCAUGUUCUUGGUCUCUGUGUAUGUGAAUAUUUAAAAAUAUUAUUGGAAACAGCAAGAUACAUAAAUCUAUAGUGGGAACCACUAUAACAAUAAGGUGAACCACUAUUCAAUUAAAAAAUACAUAAUAAAGAAAUGUGAUAAUAGAAAAUGGAAUGGAGAAUAUCACGACCCAGCGUAUAUGUCUUUGAGUAACAAUGACAGACAGUGGUAAAUAAUAGUCAGUUACGAACUGAAUUAGUUACAACUUUGACAUUUGAUUUAUUGAGGGGAAAAUAAAUAACUAUUGCCUUAAAAUAAUAAAUGCCUCAAUAAGUAUGCGAAUGAAUGGUGGGAACAUGCAUCAAUGGAGAGAAAGUCUCACCGUUUUUGUCCUGUUUUUGUCUGGUCUUCUCCCUUCCGAAUGGACACUGGGCCGGGUUCGGGUCCUGCCGUCUGCGUCCCGGAGGUGGCCAUGCCCCGCGUGUCUGCGCAGAGCCCAAGAAUGGCCUCGCCUUGGCUGCUUCAGUCAUUAUUUAAUGAUGAAGAUCUUGACUCUUACCUAUGUGGCCAAGGAGAUCAUAGAUCAGUGUGCUCUGCAUGGAGUCCUGGAAGGUGGUGUAGCCUGAGCACAAGCCCUCCCGAGAGGACCUCUCUGACGGUGGAGCGCUCCCUUCCUGGGGCGACCCCCCAAGACGGCGCCUGCCUGGAGGACGAUGGUGGUCGCAUGGUAGCUCCGUACCCAGAACACGCAGCUGUCCUGCCAACCCCUCUUCAAUCAAAACCCAGCGGGGAAGACUUCCUGGACACAAUAGAAGUUGUCAGCCCAGGUCCAAGGAGGACUUCCAGGAGGCGGUGCCAACCUUCGGGGAAGGAAGAGCUUCCUGGCUGGCUUCAGCAGCAACGCACAGGGGUAAGUGGUUGGCUCUACAUUUCUUUUGGUGGCACGACUCUGGGUCCUGGCCUCUUGCGUGGUAUUUGGGGAGGGGGCAUCAGGCUCUCGAGGAGGGGCCAACUUUCCACUUCAACCCCUUUGUCUGAUGAGAGCCCUCCAGUUCCACGCAGGGCUGGGUGCAGCCCACGCAGACCACAUCGCCUGCCUCCGGACCGUGGAAUGCGGGGACUCAUUUGCAAACUCUCACCCGAUGCUCCCACCUUGUUACGUAAACCGUUGCUGUGGGCACUCCCUGAAGGACACCGGGAAAGCUCCCGGAGAGAGGUUGUACAUGAGAUGUUCUCUUAUUGCUGGAAAAUAUUUCGUGGGCAACCUCUUUUUAGCAUCUAAUCUUCAAGGGGUUGUUGAUGGACCUCCAGAAAGACUCAUGCCAUCUGGUCUUCCCGGUGCAGUGUAGCCUCGGGACGCCUUGGGGGUGACCGAACACCCGUGAAGAUUCUGCAGUUCGGUUUUUGUUUCGUUUUCUUUCGUUUUUGACCAGUGCUAAUCCUUGAUACUCGAAGGAGAGGUGGUCCGUGUUGUCUUCUCUUUAUUUAUGAUGAAACAUACACGGGAAACCUCUUUUUUAGUAUCAGAUCCCACCCUGGAGGCACUUCCUGUUGCCGAUGCGGCCUUCAGGGAGGGGACUCUGCCAGCUCUGAGGGGUGCGAGGAAGGA